AUGAGUGUUUUGUCCUUUUCAGGAAGGCAUAAUAUUUGUUUUAGCCCAUGGGGUAAUCUCAUCAUUCCUCUUCUUCGAGCGGCUGCCAUAUCCAGUACGAUUGCAACCGUGAUCGCUUCAUCCAACACCGUUCGGGACGAGUAUCAGUCCUGGCCUCCGGACCCCUUUAAUCCUUCUAGUCCUUCUCCAACUUCGGUCCGCCCCGAUCGUCCCCGUAUCAUCGCUCCAGCAUACAAAUGGGAGGUGCUUCCCUCUAUUAUUCAAACAAACCCCUACCUUCACAAGUGGAACAAUACCAUCUUCGGCGACGCACAAAAAUACUACGAUCAGCCGGUAAAAUCAUACUUUGUGGAUGGAGGAAACGGCGUUCUUGAUAUCGCUCGCGAGAUCAAGAUGCGCGUCAAAGCUUGGGCGUAUGUCUACCGUAUAACCAAAGACACCAAGUGGGUAGAUCGGACUUGGAUAGAGCUUCAGAACGCGGCCGGUAAUGGUACUUCGCCAUUUGGUGAUCCUGGAAAUAAUUGGUACACCGCUCACUUCCUCGAUGUCGCCGAGUUUACCAGCGCAUUCGCUAUCGGCUACGACUGGAUGUACGACGCUUGGAAUCCUCACCAGCGCGAUAGUAUCAUGUGGUCUAUUAUAAACCUGGGUCUUCAGUGGGGUGUAAAGUCUUACAAUGAUCAGAACUCCCACUGGAAUUUCGGCUGGUGGCAAAAUGUCAACGGGAAUUGGAACUGCGUAUGCAACGCCGGACUAACGCUUGGUGCGCUAGCUGUUAUUGGCGACGACCCAACAGGCACCGCCGAAACGAUGCUUAGCUUGACUGUCCCUAACUCCAAGAAAAAUUGUGUGCUCGCUCCUUCGUCCGAUGGUACUUGGUCCGAAACUCCCAAUUAUUGGUAUUUUGGUACCACCGCUCACUCUGAAAUGUCGUCUGCUCUUCUGACUGCCACUGGUAAUACAUAUGACCUGGUUGACCCGAAGUUUGCCAUGACCGCCCUUUACCACAUGCAUGUCUCCGCCCCCACAGGUCAAUUCGACUAUGGGGACACAGGCCCAAACAAGUUCAGCACCACCGCUAAUUCGAUGAUGUUUUACGGCUCCUAUUUCAAAGAACCUCGCUAUCUUCUGUUUCAACGCGACCGCGUUGAUGUUGGUGAACCCUGGUCAAUGUUCUGGUAUGAUCCAUCCGUUCGUGGUGCAUUCUGGAACGACAUGCCCUUCGAUCAUUAUUUUGACGACGAUCUCGAUCAAUGGGCGGCCAUGCGCAGCAAUUGGGCCGACAGUCACGCCCUGUAUGUUGCAAUGAAGGCAGGAAAACAUGUUGGCCAUCAGACGCAUGGUGAUCUCGACGCCGGUACCUUUGUCCUCGAUGCAAUGGGUCAGCGAUGGGCUGGUGAGCUCGGAAACGGCGAUUAUCUUUCGGAAGGCUAUUUCUCAAGUGAGGGUCAAGAUAGUCACCGUUGGCUUUACUAUCGUAAGCGGACCGAGGGCCAGAAUACUCUGGUGGUUAAUAACGACAACCAGAAUGUCUGGGCCCAGCCUACUGUUAAGUAUGACUCUACGGGCGACAGACAGGGUUUGGAUUAUGACUAUAUUCCUGGCACCAACUCCACCGCGUUUUUUGUUACAGACCUAACAGGAACUUAUAACGGACAACGUAUCAAGCGUGGUGUGCGUCUGAUAAACGGGCGAAAGCAAGUUCUUCUUCAGGACGAUCUCUUGGACGUGACUCAAUCAGUCGAAUGGCGUAUGCAUACGAACGCAACCAUAGCAAUCGAAAACGGUGGACAAACUGCUAUGCUUACCCUCGGUGGUCAAACAAUGCAAGUUCAACUACUUAACCCCGGGGCCGGAGUAGGCUUCUCGAUCAAAGAUGCUGUCCGAGCGCCUACCGACCCGGCUUUGCCUCCCAAUCAAGCCGAUCAACCUAACCCUGGGGUAAAGGUUUUAUGCGUGUCCCUUGCUCCAGGCAAAACCCAGAGCCUACAGGUCUUAUUCAGUCCCCAAUGGCCGGGCAUGUCAGUUUCAGAUCUCAGGCUUCCCCCACACGUCCAUUUGGAUGACUGGUCGUUGACGAGUCAUAACUAG